AUCCGUUCCGUUGUAUGGUACAAAGGCUAAACCCGUCUUUCCACAAACCUUUAGCCGCUAAUUACGUGUCCCAACAAUAUCGACUCCCACUCUCCCUCUUCUUUCUGUCUUGGGAAACAAGAAAAACGGAACAAAGAACCCUCUUUGGAUUGCGCGCUCAAUACAUCUCAACCGUCCACCUUUUUAAUCCAACGCCUCUCCUCACUCUCACUCUCUCUCCUAUCUUUUCCUUUUCCCUCUUUCACAGCGGUUUUUUUAUUUAUCAUCAAAUAAUAAACCCUAGUUAGCCACAACACUCAAACACUAUUUAUCUCUCUCCGAUCUAACUCUUUCGUUCCGAUUUCUCUUUUUUUCUUUUCGUUUCAGAUUCGAUUUUAUAAUAAUCGUUUUCUCACUAUUUAUUGAUUAUUGAUUUCAUUUCUCCUUUUUUUUUUGGUAUUGAACGCGAUCGUCGUUCGGAGUAACGAUGGUUCUAGAUUCUAUGUGUAUGAGAAACUGAAAAGUUAAACCCGGUUCGAUUCCGGUUUUUUUAACUUAUUCGAGUUUUUUUUUGUUCUUCGACUGGACUUCUGAUAAAAGAACCGUACGGCAAUGCCGGCGGCAGGGAUGAGACGGUCCACUAGGGUUUUCGGAGUGGUUAUGAAGGGAUCCGACUCGGGUCGGGUUCUUAGGUCCGGCCGAAGGUUAUUUCCGGAACAAUCGGUCGACGAUGAUAAGACCAAGGGAGGAAACGAAGGAGAUGAUUGGCCGAAGCCGCAGUCACCAUCUAAGGAAAACACUAGACGCAACGCUGAUGUGGCGAUGGCGAAAACGACAGCUGCGGAAAAGGCGGCGAUACCGGCGAUGGGGCAGGUGGGAAGGGGUGGUGGAAUUGAUAGGAUGUAUGGUAUAGCGUAUAGUAGAAAACGGAGAAGGACUGGAGGUGAGAAGUGGUUGAAAUAUUCUAGAAGGAAAAGAGGAGUAAAGGUGGGUGAGAGUAGUGAGCCCUGUGUUUUUUCUGUUGUUGUGAAGCCCUGUGCUCGAAAAAAUGGUCGAUUUUCGUCUUUGUUGGUUUCGGUGUUGAGGUACAUGACGAGGUUUACAGUUACAUUACCUGAGGUUUUGGCCUUUUUUCUGUCUCAACCAAUUCAUGUUGCUUUUGCAUCACAGGGUGUACAGUUUCUGCAGGGUUCGCCUCCUGCUAAUACUGGAAUCUGCCAGUUUUUUGGGAUCACAGACUUCAUUCCAUUGUUCUCUGUUGACUUUUCUGCUGUUCCGGUUUAUUUUGAGUAUCUGCACUCAUCAAGGCAAUUAGAUUUUCUCUUUAGAUCGUUUUUUAUUGUACAUAAUCCAAUAACUGCACAUAGUGAUGACGAGGAUGACGAGAAAAUUGAUCUCCCAGAAUACAAGGACAGGUCGCAGAUUUCGUGUGAUACUGUUGAAAGAGAACCUUCUGAGAGUGGAACUGUUAUACCUGAUGUUAUUGAAUUCAGUGACAGUUUAUCCUUACCUUCCUCUGUCAAGGGUCCCAGGCUAGCUGGUGGUCGAAAUGGGCAGUUUAGAAGUGUUUUGAACUCUAGAUUCACUCAGAAGAGGAGGAGUUCACUUAGGAAAAGGAAAGCUCAUAGUCCUUUCACAAUGAAUUUACGUAGAUGUAAUGGACUAGUAGCUUCAGAUUUAAUGGGUGGUAGAAAACGCAAUAUCCACUUCUCUGCUAUGACCCCUACCAAGAGACAUAGAAGUUUACCCAAUGAGGAUAUCGCUAGAAGCUUGAAAGAAGCUAGUUCUUCCCUUGUGGAUUCAACAAAAAGUGUAGAUUCUUCUCUCUGUUCUGCAAACAUAUUGGUUAUAGAGUCAGACCGGUGUUACAGGCAAGAUGGGGCAAUUGUCACUUUGGAGAUGUCUGCUUCAAGAGAAUGGCUUCUCACUGUAAAGAGAGAUGGAUUGACAAGAUGCACUUUCAAGGCCGAAAAAGUGAUGCGACCUUGGUCUUCAAGCCGGUUCACCCAGGCUAUAAUGGUUUCAUUGGAUAAUGGUUGGAAGCUGGAGUUUGCCAAUCGCAACGAUUGGAUUAUUUUUAAAGACCUUUAUAAGCAGUGUUCUGAUAGAAAUAUCCCUGGUCCUGUUGCUAAAUCAAUUCCAGUGCCAGGAGUUCACGGGGUCUCUUCCUAUGCUGAAACUAAAAGUAACGAUUUUCCCUUUCAGAGACCAGCUACAUAUAUAUCUGUGCUUGGGGAUGAGAUAACUAGAGCAAUGGCAAGGAGAACUGCAAAUUAUGACAUGGACUCUGAAGAUGAGGAAUGGCUGAGCAAGCUCAAUAAUGAGUUUCAAGAGCAUCUUUCAGAGGAUAAUUUUGAGUUAAUCAUUGAUGCUUUUGAGAAGGUUUAUUAUUGUAAUCCAGACGAUUCCUUUGAUGUAAAAUCUGCGGCUAGCUGUUGCCAGGAUCUCGGCAGCAAGGAAGUUGUAGAAGCGGUAUACACCUAUUGGAUGAAUAAACGGAAGCAAAAACGUUCUUUGCUAAUUAGAGUUUUCCAGAAUCAUCAAUCAAAGAGGGCACUUGUUCCGAGACCUUUGCUGCAAAAGAAGAGGUCGUUUAAAAGACAACCAAGUCAGUUUGGUAGAGGCAAUCAACCAAGUGUGUUGAGAGCAAUUGUAGCUGAACAAGAUGCCUUGGAAGAGGAAGCAAUGCUUAGGGUUAAAGAAGCCAUAGCCUCAGCAAAUGCAUCGAUGGAAAUAGCCAUUCAAAAACGCAAAAGGGCUCAAAUUCUUGCUGAAAAUGCAGAUUUGGCAACCUACAAGGCAGCAAUGUUGAUUAAAAUAGCCGGAGCAGCCGCAGCUGCAGAAUCAGCAGAAAUUGGGGCAAACUACUUUUUUGAUUGAUGGUUAGAUCAAUUCUGUUUUGGAUGCAAAUUAUAACACCCACAUAUUUUACUCUACAGGAAUGGUCACAGUAGAUUUGCUGCUGUGUUUUUUCCCCUCUUAUAUACUGUAAACAGUGUACAGAUUUUUGUUUACAUAUGUACAAUUUGGAUGGAAAUCAUGACCUCACACUAAUCUUCGCUAGUACUAGAUUUUGUUGACUUCUUUCCCUUUUAAGAAAGAAUUGAAGAAAAAGAAAUACAGAAUUUUCAAGACUCA